AUGAAUUCUUCACCCUCCUAUCAUAAGCUCUUUGAGACAUUCUUCUUCUACGUUCUACCCAUUAUUCUACUUUUCGUCAUCGUCCACUUGCUUUUCCCAAAGAAAUUUCAACCAGUAGUCAUCAUCGGUGUUAUGAUCCUAGCAUUCUUACCUUCAGAAAUAAUUUUCGUGAUUUGUCUCAUUCUUCUCAUCUCUUCUAUCCUUGCGGGAUUCUUGGCUUUAUGUUUCUUCGCGAAUGAAAUCAUCAACUUCGAUCAAGAUCUUGAUGAUUUUCCUCCUUCAUCUAUUCCUAUCAUCAUUGUUACUCCUCCUGUUCCUGAUAUUGUUAUUACUCCUCCUACUGAACCUCAUGUUACAAAUUUACCUCCUCGAUAUGAACAACAAGAUGCAAGAUUUCUUUUGGUUAUUCCUAAAUCGCGAUCUAGACGUAGCAAAAGAAGAAAUGCAUCUACAUCGAGGUCUCGUUCUCCCAAGGGACUCCGGGGAUCGGGAUGA